AUGGAUUACAGGUAUAACAACCCUUACGGUCUAGCCCAGUUUAACUCCGCAAGGAAUUCCUUCAGAAAUACCCAGGCUAUAAGGGGUUUUGAUGAAUUAAGGAGGUGGCCUGGUCCGGUUAACAAUAGCAACAUGUAUUUUGGGCAUAGGUUCAUAUCACCUAAAACAUUUCCCAUGAAUGAGAUACCUAGGGAACCAAAGACUUUCAGUGAAUAUGGAUCACAAAAAGGUAGGAUUUAUGGUAGGGACAGUUUUGAAGAUUCAUCAAACAGAUGGAUUAGGUUUAGCAAGUUAAAUAAUGUACACUGGUUAUUGGAUCAGGAUCCUGCAAAGGAUUGGCCAGGAGCCGCUAAACUAAAACCUGACACAUCAUAUGAGGGCAUAAUACACAGGUUCUCUGAUCCACGAUCUGGAGUUGUCUUACUUACGAGUAUAAGAGUCGAAGCAUCUAUAUCAUCUGUGGAUUUACCUGCUCCAUACUGUAGCUAUGAAUUGACCACAAUUUUCAGAGUAAACAAUUUAUCGUGUUUUAUGCCCUUAUUUCCCCUAGAGUUUGAUCGCAAUGGGCUCCCUAAGUUAACUUUAUGCUUAAAUGAACAAAAGAACCAAUACCUAGUGGGUGAGAGAGUUUUCGGCACACCGAUAUUUAUAAAACGCAAUAUGGUAAUCUUUCAGCUAAACAAUGAUACAGGUUUCGCACAACUAGUUGAACCGAUCGAAAAUAUAUUCAGUUUUAAUGAAGGCACUUCUAGAAUAUCUGGUUCUUUUAAGCGUGGAGAAUCAGUUGAGCUAGAAAUAACUAGACUUCCCAAAUUUCCAAGAGCGAUAGGAUAUUUGGUCAAAUUGGCAAGUUCUUCCAAUACAAGCUCAAAUCUUAGAACAAAAUGGAAAGAUACAAACAUAAUACCCCCGAAAAAAGAAGUUAUAAAGAUACAAACUGCGGUUAAACCGAAGGAGGAUCAGCCUGUAUCUUCGAUUAAGCCAGUUGUUAAAGCAAUCAUUCCAUCAAAUAGCGAAAAAUGUACAAUUUCUGAGUUCUCAAAUCGGAUUGGCGGUAAUUUAAAGCAAAUAAUGAGGUUUCUUUUUUUGAAGACGAAUACUCCGAUAACGUCAUCACAGAACAUACAACCCGUAACAGCAAAGCUUGUCUAUAAUUUUGUAUUUGGAAAGGAUGAAUAUGAAAUCAACAGGGAAAUAUUGGACCAAGAGUUGGGAGUCCUGAAGAACAGCGGUACUUUUAAGUCGGAAGAUCGACCCCCUGUCAUAGCAUUAUUGGGACAUGCUAGUCAUGGGAAAACAACAUUAUUUAAUGCACUGUGUAACAUAAAGACUGAUAAAACUAAUGCCACACAGAACAUAAAAGCUUAUCCAAUGCACGGGAAUUUCCUUGCAACUCUUAUAGACACUCCUGGACUUGAACUUUUCAGUUCUAUGAGAACCAGUGGUAUAGUAUCUGCAGAUAUGGCAUUAGUUCUGGUAUCAGCUGAUGAAGGUUUGACGGACAAAACUAUAGAAUGUAUUAAUUUGUGCAGGGAACAUAGUUUACCUUUUAUAAUAGUGGUCACAAAAUCUGAUCUGGCCUCUGGCACAGCUAUUGAAAACAUUGCAACACAACUUGCUGACAUGGAUGUUGUGAUUGAGGAUUUAGGCGGCAGUACGCAACUGAUUCUAGUAUCAUUUCUUAAAGAUCGAGAAUCAUCAAUACGAAAUAUACUGGAUGGAAUAAUGCUUCAGGCUGCUGCCCAUCCCCGCAAAAUUGAGUCAAAAAUAGUGGAAGGUGUCUUAGGAGAUGGAUAUAUUUUGGAAUGCGGUAAAUCCAAGGGGCUUGGUUUCUACUCAUAUUUGAUACUAAAGAAUGGUUCAGCAAAAAAAGGGAAUUUUAUUAGCUCAUCUUCUACAUCUUCGAAGAUUCGAAUCAUCAAAAAUUAUCAGGGAAAGGUUGUAGAUGUGGGUAAUUCCUCUGAUGUGCUUUAUGUAUAUGGUUUCGAAAAGAACUCGGUACCAAAUCCUGGGGAUAAGUUUACUAUAUAUGCUAAUGAAGACUAUGCGACAACUUUAUCUGAACACAAUAAAGAUACUUUGGUGGAGUCUAUGAUUCAAAGAAAAGUUUCAUCCCAAAUAGAAGCUGCAUUACAAGAAUUAGAUUUUAAUGAGGUUAAAUCUGAUUUUAUUACUUAUAUUCCGGCGGUACUCAAAUGUUCUGCUAAAGGGCUUAUUGAACCUGUGAAAGCUGCUUUAGAGAAGAUACAAUCCGUUGGAGUGAAGAACAUCGCACAGUACAAGGUUAUACACGCAGAUAUCGGUAAUAUCAAUUUAGAUGAUAUCCAACAUUUUAAUGGCCAAAAGGGAUUGGCUGUUGCACUGGACGCUGAUAUUAAUACUACAGUUACUGCGAAAGUUAAAAAGUUGGACAUAAAAGUUAUCAAGGGGGAUUCAGUUCAAAAUGUAUUAGAUAUGGCUACUGCAGCAUUAGAUGUGCUACUAGGAGAAAAGAAACUAGGGGAAUGUGUUGGAAGAGCUGAGAUUCUAAAACUUUUCGGUGCAUCAAAGAAUAGGAAAGCCGCAGGUUGUGUUGUUAAAUUUGGUACAAUUAGACCAGAAUUUUCAGUUCGCAUAGUGAGAGGCGACAUGCCACUUUACUAUGGUAAAAUAUCUUCUUUGAGACAUACAACAGAAAGCGCAUCUGAAGUAUUGGAGUCCGAAUCCUGCGGUAUCACUUUUGUUGAUUUUAAUGAUUUUCAAGUUGGAGAUUUUGUAGAAACAUAUAUAGACGAAUAG